UUGAUGCCCGCCAUUUUGACGAAGAGUGACAACGUCUAGAAGCGAGGGUAAACUGUCAAUUAUAUAAAUUUAUGUUUCAGGGGUGUAGAUGAUGUCUGUGUUACCACCAGACAUUUCACAGUACACAGGAGUAAAUUUGUUAGCAGCCAUUGUUACAACAGCAGGAAUACAAGAAUGUGAUGGAACAGAAACAACAAAGAACAGUUCAGAAACAGAGGAUGAAAAGAAGGCUAUAUAUAGCCAUCCGUUAUUUCCAUUAUUAGUGUUGUUAUUUGAGAAAUGUGAACAGGCCUCACAGUCGGCAGAUUGUCCCAGUUCUGACAGUUUUGAUAUUGAUAUUCAGUCCUUUGUACAACGUCAAGAGAAAGACCGAAAACCUUUUUUCAGUGAAGACCCAGAAUUAGACAAUUUGAUGGUCAAAGCUAUUCAGGUAUUACGCAUUCAUCUGUUAGAAUUAGAGAAAGUGAACGAACUAUGUAAAGACUUUUGUAAUCGUUACAUUAAUUGUCUAAGAGGAAAACUUCAAAGUGAACAAUUGUUGAAAGUGGAAUCAGACUUUGACGAUUCAGAUGUUGGAUCACCACCGCCCUCAGGUACAAAGAAUGUACCAAUAGCCCCAAUGAUUACAUCUACAGCCAACAAUGUGAUGUUAGGACAGACAGUGUCUCCAGCCUCCGUGUCAAUGCCACAGUUAGGUCCAGGUCAGAUUAUGUCUGGUGGCACGAUAUAUCAAAUGGUUCACACUCCACAAGGCCUGGUGGCUCAACCAAUACAGUUUCAAGCAGCAUCAAAUCCAGUCCAGGUCCAUGGUAGCACACCAAUAUCACAGAUUGGUGUCAAUUCUGUUACUCCAGCGGCAAGUGCAGGUGCUUUGUCAGCAUUAGCAGGUCAUUUAAGUUCUGAUGAUGAAGAUGGUAGUGAUAAAAAGAAGAGUAAACGAGGAGUUUUACCGAAGUCAGCAACUCAAGUCAUGAAAUCAUGGUUAUUCCAGCAUAUUGUUCAUCCAUAUCCAACAGAAGAUGAAAAAAGACAGAUUGCUAAUCAAACUAACCUCACUUUAUUACAAGUUAAUAAUUGGUUUAUAAAUGCUAGGCGAAGAAUACUUCAGCCAAUGUUAGAGGCCAGCAAUCCAGAACAAGUCAAAACCAAAAAGUCCAAACCUCAAACUCGACCAUUACAACGAUUUUGGCCAGAGAGUCUGGCAAAUCUCCAGCCACAGAUUACUCCUGCCAUAAUGACAAUAGCCUCUAUACAAUCACCAGAAGAAAAACCAGGUUUCAAAGAUAUGAACAGUAAUAGUGAAAAGACAGACGAUACAGAAACAGGGAACCAGUCAUCAUCUCCUGUCCCAGUAACAGACAGCACAGCACUGACAAUUGAUGAUAAUUCAUAGCAUCUGUUUCUAUUAAUUCUGGUUAAAUAUUGAAAUCUGUCCUACUGGAUUAUUGUAAAAAAAUUACUCAUUCAAUUUAUACAGGCAUGUAAAUGUUUUGACAUUUGCCAUUUCAGAAUAUAAGGAUGUGUGGGUAAUUUCAUUGUUUGUACACCAGAAUGAAAGCAUCCUUAUGCCAUUGUUUAGGACACUUUUAACCAAUCAUAAUGAUUAUGCUAUUGUUUAGGACACUUUUAACCAAUCAAAAUGAUUAUGCCAUUGUUAACCAAUCAUAAUCAUUAUGUCAUUGUCUAGGACAUUGAUAACCAAUCAUAAUCAUUAUGCCAUUUUUGUCUCGCCUUGACGGAGUCGAAAAGCGAGACAUAG